AUGUCUCGGCUCCUCACGAAACGAUGGUGUCACCACGAUCCUUCAUAUCGAAAGGCGGCGAAAUUAUUUUUCAUUCCGAAUUGGCAACAACAACAACAACACUAUCCAUACCACUUCCAAACAAACAACAAUGAUUCUAUUUUAAAUCAUUUUCAGAGACGAUGCUUUCAUUACAGAACACGUGUGUUGUUCCAAAAGGAUCAACCAUCGUCAUUAAAUUAUUCGGAAAUGAAUAAUCAUUGUAAUAAUUUGAAUGAAAAUAAUCAGAACUUGCCAAAUCAUGAAAAGCCAGUUACUUUACAAAACUCCAAUGAUUCAAAUGUCAAAUUUGAAACCAAAGAUUAUGUCAAAUUGUUUUUAGUGAGCAUUUUGGGAGGAUGUUUCGGUGGAAUGGUUGGACUAGGAGGGAAUAUCAUUCUCAUUCCAUUACUCACUCAAAUUUUUUCACAUCGACUCAGUGCCAAACAAAUUGUUGCCACUUGUCUCAUUACAGUGGUCACUGCUGGACUCGUUGGAAGUAGUACUCUCUAUUUUAAAGGAGAUGAAUAUGUUGAUAUUGGAUCUGCUAUAUUCAUUGCUGGAUUUGCUUCAUUGACUGCUCGAUUUGGUGUGAAAUUAUCGUCGAGUAUUCAAGAUCGAACACUGAAACUCAUUUUAGCAUUUUUCAUGUUAUUUGUGGCUCCUUUAGUAGUAUUCACAGGGAAAAACAAACAAUCAGAAAUACAACAAGCUUCCUCUGUGGGUGGUGAUGACAAGCAGAGACUCGAAAAUUCUCAAUCUGACACGACCAAAUCAACUCCAACACUGAAUGUUUCACAUGACCAUUCUAAAAGUAUUUCAAAAGAUGACUACAAGGUUGACACCAUCCACAACUAUGGCGCCAUUUCUUCUUCUUCAUUCAUGAAACGACACUUGUUAAAAUCUCCACAAGAAAUUGGUUCUCUCUUUGUGCUCGGUUCUACCAUUGGAAUCAUGAGUGGUCUCUUGGGAGUUGGUGGAGGAGUAUUAGCCGUUCCCAUGUUGAGCUUUUUAUGGCUUUCUGAAUUUUCCCCACUUUUGGAUGAAAAGAAGAAGAAGAGCUCUCAACACGCUGUUACUCAACAAUUAGUGAUGGGAACUUCACUGGCAGCCAUGACACUUCCAUCGAGUGUUGCCUUGUAUUCACAUUGGAGAGUUGGAAAUGUUUUAUUGAAAUUGAGUCCAUUUUUACUUGUUGGAAGUGCUAUGGGUGCAUAUUUAGGAAGUUCUAUGGCCAGUGAAAUGGAUGAAGAGAUUUUGAAACGAAUAUUUGCAGUGACCAUGAUUGCAUUGGGAGGACGACAAUUUUGGAAAGCAUACUGGAAAAAGUGA